AUGUCAGGUCGCAAAGAUGGGGAUGACUCUUCCAGCGACUCUGCGGCGGAAGACAGAAAGAGGUCAAGAGAAGAACUCGUGACCCUGAGGACGCAAGUUAGCUCGCUGACGGAUCAGAUGAGCCAGCUAAUGUCGCUAGUGGAAGAUGCCAUGAAGGCAAGCAAGAAGGAGGAGCCAGCUGGCACCAUGGAGGGUGCCGCUGAUUGCGGCGAUGCUAGGGAGAGCGCCGCCGCGGAGUCCACGAACGCCGAAGGAGGGGCACCGUGGACCGGGAGUGCGCAGGACGGGAGGUACCUGCGCGAACCUAUUCGAGAGUCUGGCCCAUCAGGGCGACACAGCGGCGAAGCAGGGGCUUUGUCCCCCAAGAGGGGCUUUGUCCCCCAAGAGGUGAGAGUAGCCGCUGCUCACAACCAAGAUAAUAGUAGUGCCAUGGGAGAUGGUGGUGUUGGCUUUGGAUACGGAGCCACAACCCCAGCGACGGGGUACCAAAGUGUGCGGUACACAUCUCCUCCGUUCAGCGGGAAAUCGAAAGAUUUCAACGAAUGGCGAAAUGAUUUCCGCAUGGCAGCUAAUGGCGCAAACCUGUUGGAACAAUUUGAAGAGAGCGGGAGCUUGGAGAUCCCCGUCAACAGCGGAAAGAGCAAGUUUUCGCUGUCACAGCAGUACCGGAGCGAGCAAGUAGAGCUCGCAUUCCACGCGUGGAACUUCCUGCCUCGCGCGUUGAAAGAAAAGGAUCGGAAAAUCAUGAAGAGGGCAGAGACGCCCCAGGGAGCUCUUCGUGAGCUCAAGACCAUACAUAACCCAGAAUCAUCUGUACAGCCGUCAGAGGACCUGAAGUCCCUGACGUCGACCAAGAUCUCAAGAGGUGGGGACGGCGAUAGCGGUGGUGAUCCCGGCGACUCUGAGAACCUCGAGGAGUUGAAGUAUGAUCCAGCCGACGACCGCUACCCCCGCGGGCUAGAAGGGAAGAAACUCCUCUGGGGCGCCUCGAACGCUGGCCCGCUGCGCCAUGGGCUUGACAGUGGCCGCACGCGGAAGCAGACCCGGGAGAUGCAAGGUGCCGGGGAGAUGCCGGGGCCCGGAGAAACACCGGACCCGGAAGAGGCAUUGCUGGCGACCAUCCUGGAAACUGGCGGGACGGGGAUUGUUGAGGACUACAUCUGCAACUCGCUUGUGAAGGAGCAGUGGGACGAGGAGCAGACACGCCGUAUGGAGGAGAUGUACAGGCGCGAGAUGCAGGAGGUGUUGGGCCCGGAACAGCAGGCGGUCGGGGCCGCGGUCGACGCCAGCGGGUCUUCGCAACCACUCCCAGACCCACAGCUAAGUAUGACCUCGCCAAUCGGGCAGAAGCCGAGUGAUGUGGAAGCAGUACCGAUGACGUACAAGGAUGUGAUGUGUUCCAAGUACAAGGUUUUCUGGGAGGCGGCCAUGAAGAAAGAGAUAGAUGGCCACGACAAGACUGGAACCUUUACCAAGGUCAAGGAGCUGCCCGAGGGGCGGAAGGCCAUAGGUUCAAAGUGGGUGUUCUCUUGGAAGACGAAUGAGAAGGGCCUGAUAGUCGACUUCAAGGCCCGUAUGGUUGCGCGGGGUUUCUCUCAAAUCCCCGGCAUCGACUUCCACCGCUCAUCCUCAGCGUGCCCGUCUGCAGCGUCUAUCAAGACGGUGAUUGCCGUAGCCACUGAAAAGGGCAAGAAACUCGCUCACUGGGAUGUGAAGCAAGCGUACAUCCACGCUAAGCUAAAAGAAGAAAUAUACCUCAGGUUCCCGGAAGGCUGUGGUAGCAUGUCCGGCAAGGUGGUCAAGGUUGAGCGUGCCCUGUAUGGCCUAAAGCAGAGUGGCCGUGAGUGGGGGUUUGAAGCUGCCGAUGCCCUCAUCGAGAAUGGAUACGAGCAGUGCAGGGUUGACCCGUGUGUCUUCCGGAAGGUGGUGGAUGGAGAGGUCGUAGGUCUCAUCGUGAUCUACGUUGAUGACAUCUUAGUGGCGGCAGACGAGGGAGAGCGAGAGGAGUUGUUCGCUUCCCUUAACAAGAAGUUUCCGGUGAAAAUCUGGGGGAGUGUACUUGGGACGACGGGUGUGCUAUCGCCAUGAAUGUAGAAAAUGGCAUCACCAAGCUGUCCCAGACAGCAUACAUUGAGAGUAUGCUGAAGCGGUUUGAUGUGACCACGACCGCUUUCACCCCUGCUGCCACCGACGCCGACCUAGGGCCGAAGAGAG